GGCGACGAGAGUCGAAGGAGGCCUUAGCAGGAGGGAAAAGCGCUGCUGAUCUUCAUCGUCUGUUCUGCAGAGGGACGGGGGAGAGAGGAAAGAGAGGGUUUCAUUAUUCUCCGUUCGCUGCCAUUUCGAUUCCCGGGGUCGAUCGAUUGAGACGCUUUGACCCGACAGAUAGAUCGAAAGAUCGCGAGGUGGAGUUGGUGGUGGAAGAAAGCAGAGCGAGCGAGCGAGAGAGAGCUCCGCGUCGUCGUCUUCGCGGGGAUCAAUCCGUGUGGUGUCCUAUUGCAAGCACUUUUAUCGCUGAAGACUUCGAGGCAUAGGUUUCGCAGGAAGGACGCCGGACACUACCAAAAAAAACGCUUUGGAGAGCGGGUGUGUAGUUUGGGAGGACAGGCAGGCAGGCAGGCAGGCAGGAAGCGCGCUCGGAAGCGAACGGCAGGUGGUGGAGUGGCGAGGGUUUGAGGGCAUGAUGGCAGGGCCCGCGUGAUGGUAGCGGAGGACGGCUUGUAUGCGAGGCGUGGAAGGGAAUUAGAAGGUUCCGGUACAGAUUGCUGGGUAGCCACGCGAGCGAGAAGUUGAGCGGACUUGGAGAAUCGAUCUGUGUUGAACAUUGAACGACGGAACGGCAGGCGACAAUAGUCCCCUGAUUGUUUGUUAGGAGUACGAAAUCCUGGUGCGGAGUCCAGUUCUUUGACGAGGAAAGGGGCAUGGUGGUGAGGCCUAGCUUAUUGCGAGAAUUGGAAACAUAGCAGGGCCGGAGGGGCUUCGAUCCAUGGAGAUAGAUGUGGUCGGGGAGCCGGGUAUCCGGACUUCCCAGCCUGCCAUUCCUAAACCCAGUUCUCAAGGGGAAGAACUUUUGGAAAAAGAGGCGGAGUUGGAUAGGAGCAGACUAGCGGCGAGCAAAAACGCAGCAGAGGACGAAGAGGAUGUGUGUAGGAUCUGCCGGACUCCAGGAGAUGACGAGUCUCCUCUGUAUUACCCCUGUGCUUGCAGCGGCAGCAUCAAGUAUGUUCACCAGGACUGCUUGUUGCAAUGGCUCAAUCAUAGCAACGCUCGGCAGUGCGAGGUCUGCAAGCACGCGUUCUCUUUCUCCCCAGUUUAUGCAGAAAAUGCUCCCAGUAGGCUGCCGUUUCAAGAGCUCCUUCUCGGGCUUGUUAUGAAGGCAGCUCGCGGUGUUCGCUUUUUUUGUCGUCUCACAUUUGUCCUGUCCGUAUGGCUGCUCUUCAUCCCUUUUACUACCUUCUGGAUUUGGCGGUUCACUUUCGUGAGGAGUUUCAACGAGGCUCACAAGCUUUUUAUCAGCCGAUUCACACCUGGGCUUCUCCUCACGGACUGCCUGCACGGAUUCCUAUUAUCAGCUGGAAUUGUGUUCAUAUUUUUGGGUGCCACUUCUUUGAGGGAGUACUUCAGGCAUCUACGAGAGCUUGAUCCACCGGUAGAUCGAGGUGAUGAAGGUGUAGAUAGGCAAAGGCCAGGGAGGCAGGCAGGUCGCGAUGCCCAUGGCGUAGUCGGUAGAGGAGCACCUGCAGUAGACGUUCAUGAACCCCUUCUUCAACCCGGUGCCGGUGCCGUUGUCAACGCAGAUGGACCUGGUGGUCAGGGCAUAGCCGCAGGGGCAGGACAACUUAUUAGAAGAAACGCAGAAAAUGUUGCAGCCCGGUUGGAGAUGCAGGCAGCUCGUUUGGAAGCUCAUGUUGAGCAGAUGUUUGAUGCAGUGGAAGAUGCAGAUGGCGCCGAAGAUGUUCCAUUUGACGAGCUCGUCGGAAUGCAGGGCCCUGUUUUCCAUCUAAUUGAGAAUGCUAUAACGGUGUUGGCUAGUAAUGCCAUCUUCCUGGCCCUUGUGGCACUUUUGCCGUUUACAAUUGGGAGGGUGGUGUUAUCUCUAUUUUCCCGCGUGGUAGUUGCCACGUACAGUCCCAAUGGAAUGAUAGCAUCGAACAUCACAUCUAUUAUGAGUACUGGAAAAGUACCUUUGGCGAAUAUGUCAUCAAUUCUUGCAGCCAAGUCCAUGCUCUUUGAUAUCAUGAGUUCCAAUACCACCAUCGAAAAUGUCGUCAGUGGUGGUGCUGCUUUCGGUGGAGUAACUUCUGCUUUGAGUACGAAGGGCAUGAGCAACAAGGUUACAGAGGCGAUGGUCGCAGCGCUGCGUCUUUCAGAUGCUGCAACAGUAGCUGUCGGUUAUGGCUUCAUUCUCGUAGUCUUAAGUGUGUAUCUUGGCCUGAUAGCCCUGAUUAGAUAUAGCAGAGGGGAGCCCAUUACAGUUGGGCGUAUCCACGGAGUCGCUACGAUGGCGGAAGCCGCACCUUCAGUAGCCAGGCAGGUUAUGGCCGGAGUAAAGUACAUGGCAACGAUGGUGAAGGUUGCUUUCCUCUUGAUUAUUGAACUGGGAGUGUUCCCGCUUAUGUGUGGGUGGUGGCUUGAUAUUUGCACCCUUGGUAUGCUGGACGUCUCAAUAGCCCAGCGCGUCGAGUUUUUCUGGUCCUCACCACUAACGAGUUCACUUCUCCACUGGCUCGUCGGGAUCGUCUACAUGUUACAAAUAAGCGUCUUCGUGAGCCUUCUUCGCGAGGUCCUUCGUCCUGGUGUACUGUACUUCCUCCGCGAUCCGACGGAUCCAAAUUACAAUCCUUUCCGUGAUCUCAUUGAUGAUCCUCUUCACAAACACGCACGACGAGUGCUUCUCUCCGUCGUGGUUUACGGCAGUUUGAUUGUGAUGUUGGUGUUUUUGCCAGUUCGUCUUGCCAUCCUUGCAUCGCCUACAAUGUUUCCUCUUGAUAUAAGAGUCUCAGACCCCUUCACUGAGAUCCCCGCAGAUAUGCUCUUAUUUCAUAUCUGCAUUCCGUUCGCUGUCGAGCAUUUUCGACCACGUGCCACAAUCAAGGCUGCUCUUUAUCAUUGGUUUUCAGCUGUGGGUUGGGCGUUGGGGCUGUGUGAGUAUCUUCUUCCGGGUCCAGAAGAGACAAACGUGAACAACAAUGGACAGGAACAAGCCAGGGUACAACAGGGCCAGCUUGAUGCACCAGACCAGAACCAGGCGAUUGCGCCUGCUGAACGUGGAGAGCAAGAAGAGCAGUUGGAGAACCCUGCGAUAGGAGAUGAUUAUGAGGUGGACGAUGAAGCGAGUGCCGAUGAGUACAAAUUCGUCUUGCGGAUUGUUCUGCUCCUGUUUAGCGCGUGGAUAACUCUCCUUGCAUUCAACUCCGCCAUGGUUUUACUUCCUGUUUCUCUUGGACGAGGAAUAUUUUCUCUAUUUUCUCAGCUGCCAAUAGCGCGUGGUGCUAAAUGCAACGAUCUUUACGCCUUCAACAUUGGCUGCUAUGUGUUGUGGGCGACAGCAGCUGCUGUUCGUUACGUGGUUGAUUAUCUGAGAACACACGACGUGCAUGUUUUACUUAUGCAAGUUCUCAAGUGGUCAGCAAUCGUGGCGAAAAGUUUUGUGCUGCUGACUCUCUGGAUCAUUGCCAUCCCCGUAUUAAUUGGACUACUAUUUGAGCUCCUUGUCGUGGUACCCAUGCGGGUCGCUAUAGAUGAGAGUCCAGUCUUUAUCUACUAUCAAGACUGGGCUCUAGGUCUAGUGUUUCUGAAGAUCUGGACAAGACUGGUUAUGCUUGGUCAGAUCACACCGUUGGCAGAUGAAAGCUGGCGUAUCAAGUUUGAACAAGUCAGAGCUGACGGGUUUGCCAACCUUCGGGGAUUUUGGGUGUUGAAGGAGAUAAUUUUUCCCAUUCUUCUCAAGCUUAUGACUGCACUGCUUGUGCCGUACGUCUUUGCUCAUUGGAUCUUCCCUUGCUUGGGAUACUCUUUGAUUGUCAAUUCAGCAGUCAAUCGGUAUGCAUGGCAAGGCUGCCUUGCACUUGGGCUGCUUUGGUAUGGAAUGAAGCGAUUGCGGCAGUGGUUAUUGGACCUUCACAACUCGAUUCGUGAUGAUCGGUAUCUAGUCGGAAGGAGGCUCCAUAAUUUUGGAGAGAGGAGAAGAAGUGGAACGCCAACCAGUCCUAAAGUAGAAGCUGCAGCCAGACCUGUAGCGAGGUUUCCAGGACCAGUUGUUGAGGAUGUUGCUAGAUUAGGAGGCCCCACAGAUCAAGACUCUCCUAAUACUGUGUUGAACUCUGCUUCUGCUGGAAGUAGUAGUGGUGUUGUGGAAGAGAAGAACAAAUACAUGCCAGGUGAGUCUAGAGAUGUCUUAAUACGGGCCGCCAUACAAGAGGGCGAGAGAUUAGGGAUGGCAGGUGCAUCUUUACGGUUCCGUCACUCCACAACAGGCACUUCUUCAACCAACUCUGACCAAUGACCUGGUCACUUCGAAAGUCAUCUCAAAGAGUAUUGCAAAUAGUUGCUUCUCUGUGACUGGCUUUCUGUAAAUUUAUCUCUAACUAUGGCAUUCGGGUGAAGCUCUUCAAAGAGUGAUGUGGAUCAUUGAUUUAAAGUGUCAUGAUGCCCUGAAGUCAACCUUUCUCCAAAAUUUGGGUUGACAGCGGACAAGCCCAGUACUUUGUCCAAUGUCUGUGAAAUACCUCUCAGUAGGCGGCCUCAGGUGGAACACGAAAAGAGGAAGCUGAGACUCCUAAAAGAAUCCUGUCAUGCAAGCGAGAGAAAAGCAUGGAGAAUAGUUGACGAUUGUGUUUUAGACUUAGAUGAGAAAGAAGAAUGGCUCUCAAGGUAGAGGAUGUAGAUAAACAUAAUCAGAAGUCCUAGGAACAAAUUACUCGCAUGUUUUCGGGUCCUCAUGUUUCUUGGCCGAGAGAUAAAAGUGUAAGUUACCGCGUUUGCUUUCAUGUCGAGCGAGAGUGCGGGGAUGUCGUUAUCAUCUUUUGUUCUAGUCCAUGUGAGUUUUUAGCCAUACUUGCUUCAUGGUAUGACGUUUCCAGUUGGAAAGGCAGGAAGAUCUAUUCCACACCGUCGAUGAGCGACUGAGUUUGCUCAAACGGACUUUCUAUUGCUCAUACUUGCCCCG